UGGAACGAAUAAAAUGAAAACUAUUAUUACUUUAUUAUUUAUUUUCAAGUAAUUUAGUAAGUGAAGUAAUAAUCGAACAAAAAUAGGACUUCCACGUAACUUAUUUAUUAUAUUUUCUAUCAUUGUUUACUCCAUUUGUACUUCUAAUUUUACAGACUUAUGACCACUUGUAAAGAUUUUUUGAAAAUGGCUUUUUCUUGUAAUCGAUACAGAUUAAUUGUUGUAAUAUUGCUGUCGUUAAUAAUGUGGCAGCUGUUUAGCAUGUUUCCGGGAAAUUCUGGGCGAGAUGAGAAACUGUCUCAGCCUGGAAUAGUGGAACUAGAGGAUGAUAAGUUUAACAUACAUAAACAGGACAAGGUGAAAGUGCGGGUGUACUAUGAGGCACUGUGUCCGGACUCCAGGCAUUUCUUCACGAAACACCUCUGGCCCGUCACAGAUAAACUGUCAGAGUUCCUAGAUAUAGCUCUUAUCCCUUAUGGAAAAGCAACUACCAAAGAGAAAGAUGGAAAGUAUUAUUUCGACUGUCAACACGGUGAGACUGAGUGCUACGCGAACAAGGUCCACGCUUGUUCUAUUGAGGCUAUAGCAAACAUGACAAGAGCAGUGAAGUUUACAGAAUGUAUGAUCCUGGAUAACAGCGAUCCAGAUGAAGCUCUCUCAAGGUGUGCAAAAGAGAUGAACGUAGACCCAGACCCCAUCAACACCUGUUCAUCUAGCGAGCACGGAUGGAAUCUACUGAAGAAGUACGGAGACGACACCCAGAUUAUUGACCCAUACUUCAUUCCUACUAUAACUCUCAACGGGUCUAUACCAAAAAAAACUUUGCCCGCGAUUCUCAAGAACUUCCUUCUCGAGGUGUGCAAGCGGAUCGCCAUGCCGCUGCCGCCCCCUUGCUUGUGACAUACCGACGAAGACGAGUGAGGCAUCAGAUGCUAAAGCUAAAAACAUGAAUGUGAAGCCAGAACCUAAGUAUUGAUCAUGGACAGUGUGACGUUUUCUGGAGAUCGUCAAUAUUAAUGACGUUGUUAUACCUAUAAGCAAACAGCACCUAUGUAAAUGCUAAAGGCAUCCAAAUUUUGACAAUUACGGUAAAUUACCCAUGGUUGGAAUUGAAAAGUAUUUGCCAUUAGCAACUAUUCUUAUAGCAACUGCCGCCUUAACACAUCCACUGCCAAGAACACUUAUGUGUGUUCAUUUUGUACUGGAAACGGGACGCCCGGCAACGAAAGUGUUAAAAUCAGGUUGAAGGAACCAACCUUUGGGUGC